AUGGCAGCCCCGACCCCGGCCAGUGCCCGCCGGCCCCCACCAUGCUCCCCAACCCUGCGUCCCCCGGCCAUGCCCAUCGAGGUGCCCCCUGGCCACGAUUCCCACUCAGCCGCACCGCCCUGGCUGUGCCCAUCCUGCGCGGACCCUUCACCGCUGUCUGUCACUGCCCCCAGCGCUCACCACCAUCGACUGGGUCCCUACUUCCAGGAUGGACCAGAGUUUGAUUUCCAGGAGUUCAGAGAUGCUAUCGAUGAUUUUAUAUCUGACACAUCCACCUUAAUGCCACCAUCGCUGGACUGCACCGACUUUGAUUUCUCACUUGGUGAGGAGGUGGCUGUUGGCUGCUGCACCCCGCAGCUGGAGAGCAGCAUUCUGGCUCAGAUGCCGCCGGCACAGGUGCCCCUGCAGCACCCACCUUCCCCGGAGCCGUGCUGGAGGGACCUGGCAGACCAGAACCAGAAAGCACUGGGUGAUGCCCUUGAGGCUAACAGCCAGCUGCGGGAGACCCUCACGCAGAGGCAGGAAGAGCUGGUGACGCUGCAGGAGAGCAACGUGCAGCUGAAGGAGCUGGCAAGCCAGGCCAGGCAGCUGGCUGCCGUCCUCGACUGCACCGACGGAGCGGCCCUUCCUCAUCUUCCUCCUCUUCACCCUCCGCCUCCUCCCGCUGCCGCGCCCCGUGUGGGUGCCGGCCGGGCGGAGCCGCGGGAGGAGGCGGCGGCGGUGGACGCCAUGCUGCGGGCGGUGUCGGAGAAGUGCCGCGCCGCGCUGCGGACCCUGGGGGGCAGCCCGGGGAGCAGCCCGGGGGGCAGCCCCACGGCCAAGCGGCCGCGGCCGGCCCCGCGCCUGCACGGCUCCUUCCGCGGUCUGCGCACCUCCCGCGCCGCACCGCGGCCGGGCUGCGGGGAGCUGGAGGGCGGCGGGGGGCUGCAGGGCGGUGGCAGCCUGCGGACGGCGCUGGGCGAGGCGGGCGGCAUCCGCACCCUGGCCUUCCCGCAGGGCAGCGCCUUCACCUUCCGCACGGCCGCCGGCGGGUACCGUUUCCGCUGGGUGCCUCGCUAA